AGUCAAAUCCAUCGCAUUCUCUUAGGCCUUGGAGAUGGUGUGUUUGGAAUGGCUCUAGGAAUGUCAGGACCAUAGAACGCCUUUAGACACUUCCAUCCAGUGCCUUGCUCUCUGUCUCCUGCUUCAAAGCCUUUCUUGACCUCCUGUGAAAGCUUCAUGGGUUAAAGGAAAUACAUCACCUCCCCCUUGCCCUCCACAAGACGUACAUUUCAAGACUUCCAGUGGAUGCGUGAAACUACAGGAGCUCCAGCCGAGCCAGAGGCGACAGGGCCACCAGCAGCGAUGACAAAUUGAAGACUUCAAUCAAAGGCGGCGGCCGGCGGCUCCAGCUCGGGCAGCGGCAGCGUCUUCCGGAGUCCCGCGGCGAAGAUGCUCAAAGUCACGGUGCCCUCCUGUCCCUCCUCGCCCUGCUCCUCGGUCACCGCCAGUACUGAGAACCUCGUCCCGGAUUACUGGAUCGACGGCUCUAACCGGGAUCCUCUGAGCGAUUUCUUCGAGGUGGAGUCAGAGCUGGGACGGGGUGCUACAUCCAUUGUGUACAGAUGCAAGCAGAAGGGGACCCAGAAGCCCUAUGCUCUCAAAGUGUUAAAGAAAACAGUGGACAAGAAGAUCGUGAGGACCGAAAUAGGAGUUCUCCUGCGCCUCUCACACCCGAACAUCAUAAAACUCAAGGAAAUAUUCGAAACCCCCACAGAAAUCAGUCUGGUCCUUGAGCUGGUCACAGGAGGAGAGCUAUUUGACAGGAUUGUGGAGAAGGGGUAUUACAGUGAGCGCGACGCGGCCGAUGCGGUGAAACAGAUCCUGGAGGCUGUUGCGUACCUGCAUGAAAAUGGGAUCGUCCAUCGUGAUCUCAAACCAGAGAAUCUCCUUUAUGCGACUCCAGCCCCUGAUGCACCACUCAAAAUUGCUGAUUUUGGACUUUCAAAAAUCGUGGAACAUCAAGUGCUCAUGAAGACAGUGUGUGGAACCCCAGGGUACUGCGCACCCGAGAUUCUCCGAGGAUGUGCCUAUGGACCUGAGGUGGACAUGUGGUCUGUAGGAAUAAUCACCUAUAUUCUACUUUGUGGAUUUGAACCAUUCUAUGAUGAGCGAGGUGAUCAGUUCAUGUUCAGGAGAAUUCUGAAUUGUGAAUAUUACUUUAUCUCCCCCUGGUGGGAUGAAGUGUCUUUAAAUGCCAAGGACUUGGUCAAAAAGCUCAUUGUUUUGGAUCCCAAGAAACGGCUGACUACAUUUCAAGCCCUCCAGCACCCAUGGGUCACAGGGAAAGCAGCCAACUUUGUCCACAUGGAUACUGCCCAAAAGAAGCUUCAAGAAUUCAAUGCUCGGCGCAAGCUUAAGGCCGCAGUGAAGGCUGUGGUGGCCUCUUCUCGGCUGGGAAGUGCCAGCAGCAGCCACACCAGCAUCCAGGAGAGCAACAAGACCAGUUUGGAUUCACCUUCCACCCAAGAUGCCAAGGACACCACGGAUCUGGAAAAGAAAAUGCAAGAGGAGAACCAAGCGGCGGCGCCAGAGGCUACAGAGGAUGAGAUGAAGCUGCAGUCUGAGGAGAUGCAGGUGAAGAUCUUCUGCAGAGCACCUACCCCUGCUACUUGGCUAGCUUCCUGGUCCAUAGCUAACAGGAGACAAAUCAUUCCAACAUACGGAAGACAUGUUUGCAACUCCACAGCUAAUCCUCAGACCUCAAGCUGGUCCUGCCAGGUUUUUAAUUCUUCACUCUUCUGUCCAGUGUUGGGACAAUCCAAUGCAAGGAUUAAGGAUGCUCACUUGGUGAUAGUAGAGGUGUUGGCCAAGGACUUGAAGGAUGUGUGCUGUGAGCAAGACCAAUGCUGCCAGACUAACUCUAGAAACUGACUCUAGUGAGGGCCAAUGUAACCGAGCUCACCCAGACUGUCAGAACAUGCCAAAGGAAGUUACCCAGUACCUUGCAACUGGUCAAUCUGUAAAAGAAUCUGCAUGUACGAUGUGACAAUAAAUCAUCUAAGAGCCCCCCCA